AUGACGGGCCGCGAGGAGCUGGCCGAGGGCGGCCCGGGCAAGGGCGGGAAGGCGCUGGCGCCCAGCGCGGACAAGGCGGCGGCGGCGGCGGCGGGGGGGGGCCGCUCGGCCGGCAGCGGCAGCCUGCGGCCCAAGGGCUUCGCCAUCACCGACCUGCUGGGCUUGGAGGCGGAGCUGCAGCCGCCCGCGCCGGCCGCCUCGUCGGGCUGCGAAGGCGGCGGCGGCGGCGUGGGGGGUCCGGGCGGGCUGGGCGGCGGCGCCCUGCCGCUGGGCUUGGGCUUCCUCUGCGGCUUCGGCCCGCAGCAGCCGGCCGGGGCCCACUGCCUGCUGCCCGCCCACCUGCCCUUCCUGCAGCCGCGCCCGGAGCCCCAGCCCCACCCCUACGGGCCGGGGCCCGAGAAGCACCACAAGGAGAGCCUCUCCGAUGAAGACAGCUUGUCAGGGGACAAGAGCGACCUGAAGACUUCUGGGUCCCAGAUCAAAAGAAAGAAACGACGACACAGGACAGUAUUUACUGCCCACCAACUGGAGGAACUGGAAAAGGCUUUCAAUGAAGCUCAUUAUCCUGAUGUGUAUGCCAGGGAAAUGUUAGCAAUGAAAACUGAGCUCCCUGAGGACAGGAUACAGGUCUGGUUUCAAAAUCGGAGAGCCAAGUGGCGAAAGCGUGAGAAGUGCUGGGGCCGCAGCAGUGUCAUGGCGGAAUAUGGGCUUUAUGGUGCUAUGGUGAGACACUCCAUCCCACUACCUGAAUCCAUCAUCAAUUCUGCCAAAAGUGGGUUAGUGGGCUCCUGUGCCCCUUGGCUGCUUGGGAUGCAUAAAAAAUCAAUGGACAUUCCAAGAAAGCCUGACUAUGAGGACAAAGGGAGUGGUGGCUGGAAAUCUGAACACUCUGGUGAGGAAUUUAAAAAUAAGCACACAGAGCAUGAGAGAAGCUCCAGUGACAAAUUCCGCCCAAUGGAUAAUUCUGAAGAUAUUGCCAUUGAUCUUUCUAGUACCGCAAAGCAUGAGAAAAACAGCAACACUUUGCGACAGUGUCUCAAUGGAGGGUCACAGCCAAAAAUGAAGGACAGUCAGCACUAAUCAUGGAGAAGAAGACAUA